AACAUAUCUACAAUCAUCGUAGUAGCAUAACCUCUUAUCUAUCCUGAGGUAUUUUGAAAAUAUUGUAAAAACAGUAGUCAUUAUAAUGUUUAAAUAUUCCAAUUUAUUUGAUGGAUGUGCGAAGAUCAUACAGAAGAGUAAUGUUCGUUUUAUUAGUUUUCGAAGUAUAAAAAAACUUUAUUCAAUAUAUUUCGACAAAACAAUCGAAACUGCAAAACCUCCUUACGAUUUCAUUUGUCAAGUUGGUAAUCCUAUCUUGCGACAGAAAGCGUCACCCAUUGAUAUGAAGGAAAUUCAAACAGUAGAAUUUCAAAAGACACUUGAUCAUUUAUAUAAAAUACUGAAGAUAUCUGACACAGUAGGAUUAGCAGCCCCACAAAUCGGUUUAUCUUGGCAAGUAUUUGCUAUAGAAGUAACGGAAGAAACUGUGGAAGAUGUUCAUCCAGGCAUACGAUCAUAUUGUCAAAUCAAACCUCAGCCGUUGACAUAUUUUAUCAAUCCAGAAAUGGAGAUAAUAAAUUCUGAAGAACUUAUAUUUCAUGAAACAUGCGGAAGUGUCGAUCAUUUUCAUGCAGAAGUACCGAGACCAAAAGAAAUUCAAAUCAAAGCACUUGAUCGAUUUGGAAAACCAUUUUGUUGGAAAGCAGAAGGUUGGUUAGCUAGGAUAGCUCAUCAUGAAAUGGAUCAUUUAAAAGGUUUACUAUAUACCGAUAGAAUGUUUCCGUUAACAUUUGAGUAUAGUAAGUUUGACAAAGAAAACUAUAUCGAUGAGAAAAAGAAUAUUAUAAAUUAAGCAAUUUGAUAGAAUUUUGUAAUCUUUACAUGAAUAAAUUUAUGAGUUAAUGCAUAAAUUAUAUAAAUUGUAAUAAUAUAUUAGAUACAUUAGAUAUAAUUUGUUAACAAAUUGUACAAGUUAAACUGAAAUAUAAUCCACUAAUAUGUAAAAUAUUGUUU